AUGGUGACAACAGGCUUGGAUGUUGACUCCAGUGAUGUCUCUGGCAAGCACACUGAUGAAUGUUGUGGCCUUCCUACACCUGGAAAACAGGCUCUAGAGAAUCCAGAACCACCUCCUGAAGCAAAGCAACACCACCAGGAAGCAAAGAUGAUGACCACCCUGCAGGUGCCGCAGAUUAAGAGAUGUAAAGUUAGGCACUGGGUGACCUGGCUAAAUGACUGUUUUCACCUUUGGAAGCAAUGGAGGUCUAGUGGACAGCCCUUGUACAGUGGUGAUAAGGGAGAUCUUUCAAUGGAUGUUGAUGUGGUGGGUGACAGGGAAUGUGAUGCAAGAAAAUGGGAUACCUCUCCAACAUCCCAGGGAAACAUCCCCCACACUUCUCUCAGCAAGUUCCAUGGGUGGACACUCUGGUUACCCCCAAUCAAGACCUUUGUGGAAUUCCAUCAGUGCACAGUCUGGUCCCAUACCAGAGCCAACACCUGUGCAAGGAAUUCAAGCUACAAGUUCCAUGAGUGGACACUCCAGUCAUCUGCUGCCAUUGCCCUUGCAGAGUUCUGUUCACAGAAUUCAAGCUGCAAGUUCCAUGAGCAGACACUCCAGUCACUCACCACUGUUUCCCUUGCAGAGUUCCAUUCAUGGAAAGUCCAGUCCCAUAUUAGGGCUGACACCUGUACAAGCUACAAGUUCCAUGAGUGGACACUGCAGUCAUCUGCUGCCAUUUCCCUCACAGAGUUCCAUUCAUGGAAUUCAAGCUACAAGUUCCAUGAGCAGACACUCCAGUCAUCCAUUGCCAAUGCCCUCACAGAGUUCCAUUCAUGGAACUCAAGCUGCAAGUUCUGUGAGUGGACACUCCAGUCAUCCACUGCCAUUGCCAUCACAGAGUUCUGUUUGCAGAAUUCAAGCUACAAGUUCCAUGAGUGGACACUCCAGUCAUCUGCUGCCAUUGCCCUCAUUGGGUUCCAUUCAUGGAAAGUCUGGUCCCAUACCAGGGCUGACACCUGUGCAAGGAAUUCAAGCUACAAGUUCCAUGAGCAGACACUCCAGUCAUCUGCCACCAUUGCUCUCACAGAGUUCUGUCCACAGAAUUCAAACUGCAAAUUCUGGUUGACAUCCAUGGAAGGCAUUCACCCUUCUUCAAGGCAGCCAGCAUUGGACAAACUUGAUCAAAAUGGGCCCUUUCUCAGUGUUGUAUCUCAUGCAUUUAAGACCCUCAAAGAAAACCUUAGAGCAGAAUUCACUGCCAUUCAUGGAGCAGUUAGUAGACUGGUAAUUGUACAUCAACACAUUGCGACAAACACCAAGCGCCAUAAAUGGAAGUCACCUGGCACUAACAUACAUGAUAGUGAAGCCAAUGAUGAGGCAUUGGAUGACGAGGGAGGCACCAGAUUUGAUCCCUUUGCAAAGGAUCCCCUCAGAGUAAUCUUUCAGGUUGGAGCUCCAUCUGCUUCAUCUUGA